CAACGCGAUAUCCUUGCUCGCUCGUUGGCAGAACGGUACACGCAAAGUGUCUCUCGUACGCGAAGCGGUCUACGGUGACUCGCGUUUUUCCCUCUCGAUGCGAGGCGAGUGAGUGAGCAAGUGAGUCCAUUCGAUCCAGUGAAACGAAAUAUGGCGAGCUGUAGGUUGUUCGGCGCCCUCGCGCACCGUGCCCAUUCCGGCGCAACUUUGGUGACACGUGCAGGUAUGUACCAAACAUCAAGAACAUUAGCCACCGCAGCAAAUAGGAAACAUUUCAAGUGCAAAGUAGUAGAUGAUGUAGCAGUUAUUACAAUGGACUCACCAGGAGUCAAGAUGAAUACUUUGCAUAAGGAAGUAAUGGAGGAAAUCAAAGGGUUGUUGACGGAAAUUCAAUCGAAUUCACUUGUAAAUUCAGUAGUCCUCAUUAGUGGGAAACCAGAUAAUUUCAUCGCUGGUGCAGAUAUUAAAGUAUUAGAAAAUCUUACGGAUGUAGAAAGUAGUUAUCAGAUGGUAAAAGAAGGAGCUCAUAUUUUGAAUAUGAUAGCACAAAGUAGCAAACCAAUUGUUGCUGCUAUUCAAGGCAGUUGUCUUGGUGGAGGAUUAGAGGUCGCAUUAGCCUGUCAUUAUAGAGUCGCUGUUAACAGUAAAAAGACUAGUCUUGGAUUACCUGAAGUAAUGCUUGGGUUACUUCCCGGCGGUGGUGGCACUCAGCGAUUACCUAAAGUAGUUUCCCUUCCUACUGCCCUGGAUAUGAUGCUUACUGGUAGAAUGAUUAAGGCUGACAGAGCGAAGAAACUUGGAUUAGUGGACAUGAUCGUAAAUCGUCUAGGUCCGGGAAUCAGCACACCCGAACAAAAUACACUGAGAUACUUAGAAGAGAACGCAGUGAAAGCCGCAAAAGACCUCGCAAGUGGAAAACUGAAGGCCGAACGCGACCCAAAGACCAUCAUUGGCAAGAUAACGCAACAGGUUCUGUCUUUGAACUUUGUCAAGGAUCAGAUAUUCAAGAGAGCAAAGGCCCAAGUGAUGAAAGUAACUGGUGGUUUAUAUCCCGCUCCGCUCAAGAUCUUGGAAGUAAUAAGAGUCGGUCUGGAUAAAGGUCCUAUUGCUGGAUUCGAGGCAGAGGCCAAAGGAUUCAGUGAAUUGACGGUUACACCAGAGAGUAAAGGUCUCAUUAGUCUGUUCUUUGGUCAAACAGCUUGCAAAAAGAAUCGUUUUGGCUCAGCGACGAAUGCACCCAAAAAAGUCGCUGUAGUUGGCGCGGGUUUAAUGGGCGCGGGUAUUGUCCAAGUUAGUAUCGACAAAGGCUACAGUGUCGUCAUGAAGGAUACCAAUGAAAACGGACUGUAUCGUGGUAUAAAUCAAAUUCAGCAAGGUCUAAACGCUGCUGUGAAGCGCAAACGAAUCUCCAUUGUCGAAAAAGACAAGUAUUUGUCACAACUCGACACAACGUUGAGUUAUGACUCUUUCAAGAAUGCGGACGUGGUGAUUGAGGCAGUAUUCGAGGAUAUCAAUAUCAAGCACAAAGUCCUGAAGGAGAUUGAAUCCGUGGUGCCAAAUCACUGCGUCAUUGCUACUAAUACGUCUGCAAUUCCCAUCACGAAGAUCGCUGCCGGCAGCAGUCGCCCUGAUAAAGUGAUCGGUAUGCACUAUUUCUCUCCCGUCGACAAGAUGCAGCUGCUGGAAAUUAUAACACACAAGGGAACAUCCGAGGAAACCACCAAAGUCGCUGUGGACGUCGGCCUGAAACAGGGCAAGACCGUCAUUACCGUAGGUGACGGUCCUGGAUUUUACACCACCAGGAUACUCUCCACGAUGCUGUCAGAAGCAAUUAGACUGUUGCAGGAAGGUGUAGAUCCAAUGGACCUAGAUCAAUUGACGAAAAAGUUUGGCUUCCCAGUUGGCGCAGCCACUCUGUCCGACGAAGUGGGUAUCGACGUGGGCGCUCAUAUCAGCAUAGAUCUCGCCAAAGCCUUCGGCGAACGCUUAAGAGGCGGUGACAUAAACAUACUUAGCGAUAUGGUCAAGGCUGGUUUUCUCGGGCGCAAGUCUGGUAAAGGUAUAUUUGUAUACGAAACCGGCUCCAAGCACCGAAAUGUAAAUAUUGGCGCCAUGGACAUCUUUAAAAAGUACAAGCUCGAACCCAAAGGCAGCACGUCCAACGAGGACCGUCAAUUGAGAAUGGUCUCGCGGUUUGUCAACGAGGCAGUGUUAUGUUUGGAAGAAAAUAUCCUAGCCAAUCCCUUGGAAGGCAACGUAGGAGCUGUGUUCGGCUUGGGCUUCCCGCCAUUCACAGGUGGGCCGUUCCACUGGGUGGACCGUUACGGCGCACAUCGACUCGUCAAGAAGAUGGAGGAGUUCCGAAGUCACUACGGCGAUACCUUCCGUCCAUGUCAGACGUUGCUCGAUAUGGCUGCCGACUCUACACGAAAGUUCCAUCCGAAAUAAAAAGUCCGAUAAGUGUCUA